AUGACAGAACCAUUCGACGAUGGCUUGUCGUACCUCGUCCAAGAGGGGGAAGAUCAGUGGAACGAAAGUGAUCCCCCGUUCUCCUGCAUUUUUGCUGACCCCUGGUCCCCUCUUGUGGAUGACUUUCCAUAUGAUCAUUUUCUCGAACCCCCUUCUGCUCCCCUCACCCAUGACCCUGCGCCUUCCACGUUAAGCGGCGCUCUCCAUGAGAGCACUGAUGACCAAUACGAGAAGGGUCCCACGACUGAGGAGGGCGCUAAUGCCGCUGAUACCCCUGGCCUCGACCCUCAUGACGGGAUGUCUGACAUCACCUCCACAAUCGUUUCUACUGCGGAUGAAGAGCAAGGAUCGAUCAUCAGCCCAGAUGAUAACCUUCAGAGGCCUACAUCGUAUGGUAAAGUCUCGAUGGGUGUCAAAUCUAGCCGUGGUAGUCCACUAAAGUGCAAGUGGAAGCACUGCGAAUACUCUGGUGGAUUCUCCCAAAUGGGAGCCCUGCUACGCCAUAUUAAAACGAAGCACAUCUCACCUGGCUUAUAUGAAUGUCCCGAGGGAGAGUGUCGGAAGUCUUUCAAUCGAAAGGAUAAUUUGACUGCGCAUAUCCGGAAUGUUCACACAAGCGCUUGA